AUGGAUUCAGAAGACGGAGGAUUAUUCAUCAAGCAACUUGCUGCGUUUGUACGCACGCACGAAAAGGCUCUUGCCAAUGCUCUGCAGUUCCAGCGCCGCGAGGUGCGUCAUCGAGCCACGCAAAGCACGAGUUCUGCCACGCUUUCGCAGUCUCCGACGUUUCCCGAGCGUCCUUCGACCGCUGUGUCUACUACCGGCUCGCUGGCCGCUGCCCUAUCUCUUGGGCCUCUCAACUUUACCUCUCACAAUGUCAAGUCUGCAAAGCUGGCUCUGACCCCCCACCAUCUUUUCUACCUCCUCUCUCGCUUCGAAGAAUUGGGUAUUAAUGUGGGCCCCAUGAAAGUUCGCUUAGAAGACCUUCACGACAGCUCAUCGUCUGCAAAUUACGUGUCAUUUCUAAGCAAUACCCAGCGGUCUAGAAGCCAUAGCUCAGAUGUUGGCUCAAUACACUCCGUCACGAGCAUUCGGAGCGUCAUGUCUGGCAUGUCUGCCUUGUGGACAAGCUUCAGCAUCGGUGCUAGCAUAUCCGCCGCCCGGACGGAGCGUCAAAAGGCGGCCCUGGAGGCUGACAUGAAAUAUUUGUAUUCCGCCUUCACCAAGAUCCCAUGCCUUCGGUUGGCCCCUGAUUGGCGUGCUCGCCUCAUCAAGGGCUAUGAAGAGUUUCCCUUUGACUCUGCGGUUCCUCUCUACAUUUUCAAAAAUGUCCAGGCACUGGAAGUGAGCAACAUCGACUUUCGUCAAUUCUUUGGCUGGGACCGCAUGGCCGACCAGCUUCGCUCGCUUACGGUCAAACAUGCUGGGAUAGAAGACCCCGCUGAUAUCUUAAUUGAUAUCGUCUUGGACGACAUGGAUAAGAGACGCCGCAGAACAUCCAAAUCGCAGACUUCACCUUCAAUACCAAGCUGGAACGGGAGCCACAGCCCUCGAAAAAGCCCACCCAUGUCAGGACGUGAGUUUUCGCGGUCGGUAUCGGUCCCUAGCUCCGUCCCUGGCUCAAUGCCCGGCUCACCGGACCCUCGAGCCUCUCUUGGCGAGCUUCGUGUCGGCUCCAUGGGCCCCAGUGAGGCUGCUAUCGAGGAUGGUAACACAUCUGAUGGCUCUGCCCGUACCUUGCGGAGACAGUCCACGGAUGACCUACCGCAAUCUCUCAACAAGGACUCUCGGCCAAGAAGCCAUUCUCCAUCACGCCCGUCCAGCUCUCGUAACCACCACAUCCGAUCCCAGCAGAGAAUUAGGCGUUCUGGGUCUGGGAGUUCCAACUCUAGCCUAUCUGACUCUUGGUACCACCACCAUUCUAGGGGUAGCUCUGGGAAUCUUUUGGGAGCCACCAUUCUCCCCCCAUCAAAAUGGCGCUUUCUGAGGCACCUCAGCUUAGCGGAUAACCCCAUGACCUCGAUUCCUGCAUCUAGCUUGGCCCCUCUAUCCAAUACCCUCUUCUCCCUCGACUUGUCGUCCAACCUCUUCAGCCAAAUUCCGGACAGUCUUUCCACUCUCACUGCUCUCCGUGCCUUGAACUUAUCGCAUUGCAUGAUUGACUCGCUACAUUCUCUAACCCGAAACCCUCUGCCGGCUAUUACUGCCCUCAAUCUCCGGGCCAAUAGACUCCAAUCUCUUGCAGGGAUCGAGAAGCUGUAUCCCUUGGAAAGGCUGGACCUUAGAGAUAACCGGCUCACAGACCCCAAGGAGCUUGCACGCUUGACCGGCAUUCCGGAAAUUCGUGAAAUCUGGGUCGAGGGCAACCCCUUCACCCGCACGCACAAAGAUUAUCGUGUGACCAUUUUCAACUUGUUUCGUCUGACACCGGGAUAUACCGAAGAUAUUGUCAUUGAUGGCAGCGGCCCUAGCUCUUCUGAAAAGCGAAUUCUCGCUGACCGAGUCCCGAUUCCCGAGUCGGUUCCGGUUGUGAAGCCGGUUGUGACUGAGGUGCGAGGUGUCGAUGUAAGCAAGCCCAGUGUCGUCUACGGUGCUGCCAGAGAAACUACUGUCCUGCGCAAGGAGAGGCCGGUUCCAAAGGCUGUUGCCAGCGAAACCAACACAAGUUCGACGCGGCGUCGCAGAAACACAAAACGACGUAUCGUCGAUCUUUCAACUAGUGACAAGAACCCACAGCCUUCGCCAAUCGACGUGCAAAGCCUAAGAUUCCCGAUUGAAUCUCCUUCAGUCGUUGCCAACUCUGUGGAUAGAAAUUACAGAGCUUCGCGCGCAUCCAGUACCCCGGCUUCGCCUCCUAUUGCAUACGCAAAACCCACCGAUUAUGGCACCAGCCCUUUCUCCAUAGAGAACGCUCAUGCAGAUUUUUCUUUUAGUGCGGGCAAUAUCCAGCCUCAAGAUUGGGAUUCCAAUGGCGAAAUUUAUCGUCGCAAAAUAGAGGCUCUACGUGACAAGGUUGGCGAUGGCUAUCUUAGCGUACUGAGUGAAGAGAGCUGGGAUGCCAACAAUGUCUAUGGCUCACCAAAUAUGCCUCCCUCUACUGCUGCGCUCCUGGCGGCUCAUGCCCCCGCUCACCACGCGCCGCCGAUGCAAGCCAUUCACGGAGGCCACUCAUGA